GCGCAUAUAGUCAACGAGAACGCCAUUGUCGAUAGUAAAUAUCUCGGUGACUGUGAAAUCCACGGUAUAUUGCUCCAGACUGCCCCUGGCAAACUGUGGACUUUCAAAACACGAACUGAGCAUAUGUGGUAAGGAAGACGACGCUCGGUCAGAAUCGUCUCAAUUUGACAAGGCCCUCCCACCCACGCUACAGCCAUGGCAGGACACCCUGCUCUCAACUAUGAUGUCCUUCUAGAGAUCGUAGCGGUCUCCUCAUGGGAAACCUCCGCUGCUUUACUCGACACUUCUCGCUUCCUCCAUUUUGAAGGUCCCAAGGUGCUUCUCCGCCAGACCGUUCAUCUAGAUACUGAGAAGGAACUUCUCCUAUUUCUCGCUUUUCUACGCCAUGCGCUGGACGACGGACGCUACAAAGCCGUCCGUGAGUUGCGAUUGGGAGUGUCUGAUAUGAAGGAGACAACAUCCUCGGAGCUAGUUUCCGCCCUGUCCCUCAUGCGCCACCUUUCUUCACUUGCCAUCUACGAAAGCGAAUUUCUCCUCCACGAAAUCCCAG